GGUCGGUGGGAUAAAAGCGCGGAGGCGCUCCUUUCCGUGGUGUGUAGCCGGCUUGGCGUGACCCUCGCCUGAUCCAGGUGAGAUACCUCCGCUCGGGAGAGCGGGCCGGGCUCCGCAAUCUCCCCAGGGCCGCUGUGGGGCCUGCGCGGCUCCGCGCCCCUGGCCCAGGAGGAUCCGCCGCCCGACUCUUAGACCAGCCCGACCCCGGGUCUCCCGCCCCUGCGCCCUUCGCCCUUCGCGCACCGCCGAGCCCGCGUCCUUUCCGUGCCCAGAUCGCGGCGGGGUUGCGGCCGUUGGCCCUGGGCCCCGCGCCCCCAGCGUCUUCGGGGUGCCCUUCAGUGUAGCCUGCCCGGCGGGCGCCGAGGCCCCGCGCCUCGGGUCGCCUCGGGACCCUGCGCUCUCUUCACCGCAGCCCGCCCUGCGGGGCGAGCUCCAGGAGAACCAGCCCGGAUCCCGCCAGCCUGCCGCUCUCGGCGUGUUGUGUCGCCAGGCUGGAGUGCAGUGGUGUCAUCUUGGCUCAUUACAACCUCCACCUCCCAGGUUCAAGCGAUUCUCCUGCCUCUGCCUCCAGAGUAGCUGGGACUACAGUUGUUAGAGGUGGAAGCUUGGCAGUUGGCCUCCCUUCUUCCCAUGGAGGACGGGGGCUUAACAGCCUUUGAAGAGGACCAGAGAUGCCUUUCCCAGAGCCUUCCCUUGCCAGUGUCAGCAGAGGGCCCAGCUGCACAGACCACUGCUGAGCCCAGCAGGUCGUUUUCCUCAGCCCACAGACACCUGAGCAGAAGGAAUGGGCUUUCCAGACUCUGCCAGAGCAGGACGGCGCUCUCUGAAGACAGAUGGAGCUCCUAUUGUCUAUCAUCACUGGCUGCCCAGAAUAUUUGUACAAGUAAACUGCACUGCCCUGCUGCCCCCGAGCACACGGACCCGUCCGAGCCCCGGGGCAGUGUGUCCUGCUGCUCCCUGCUGCAGGGACUGUCCUCAGGGUGGUCCUCACCUCUGCUUCCGGCCCCUGUGUGCAACCCUAACAAGGCCAUCUUCACGGUGGAUGCCAAGACCACAGAGAUCCUGGUUGCUAAUGACAAAGCUUGCAGGCUCCUGGGGUACAGCAGCCAGGACCUGAUUGGCCAGAAGCUCACGCAGUUCUUUCUGAGGUCAGAUUCUGAUGUGGUGGAGGCCCUCAGCGAGGAGCACAUGGAGGCCGACGGCCACGCUGCGGUGGUGUGCGGCACGGUGGUGGACAUCAUCAGCCGUAGUGGGGAGAAGAUUCCAGUGUCUGUGUGGAUGAAGAGGAUGCGGCAGGAGCACCGCCUAUGCUGCGUGGUGGUCCUGGAGCCCGUGGAGAGGGUCUCGACCUGGGUCGCUUUCCAGAGCGAUGGCACCGUCACGUCAUGCGACAGUCUCUUUGCUCAUCUUCACGGGUACGUGUCUGGGGAGGACGUGGCUGGGCAGCAUAUCACAGACCUGAUCCCUUCUGUGCAGCUCCCUCCUUCUGGCCAGCACAUCCCAAAGACUCUCAAGAUUCAGAGGUCUGUUGGAAGAGCCAGGGACGGUACCACCUUCCCUCUGAGCUUAAAGCUGAAAUCCCAACCCAGCAGCGAGGAGGCGACCACCGGUGAGGCAGCCCCUGUGAGGGGCUACCGGGCAUCUGUCUGGGUGUUCUGCACCAUUAGCGGCCUCAUCACCCUCCUGCCGGAUGGGACCAUCCACGGCAUCAACCACAGCUUCGCGCUGACACUGUUUGGUUACGGAAAGACGGAGCUCCUGGGCAAGAAUAUCACUUUCCUGAUUCCUGGUUUCUACAGCUACAUGGACCUUGCGUACAACAGCUCAUUACAGCUCCCAGACCUGGCCAGCUGCCUGGAUGUUGGCGAUGAGAGUGGGUGUGGGGAGAGAACCUUGGACCCGUGGCAGGGCCAGGACCCAGCUGAGGGGGCCCAGGAUCCAAGGAUUAAUGUCGUGCUUGCUGGUGGCCACGUCGUGCCCCGAGAUGAGACCCGGAAGCUGAUGGAAAGCCAAGACAUCUUCACUGGGACUCAGACUGAGCUGGGAGCUGGAGGCCAGUUCCUUUCCUGCCUCUCACCUCAGCCUGCUCCAGGGGUGGACAGUGUCCCAGAAGGAAGCCUGCCAGUGCACGGUGAACAGGCGCUGCCCGAGGACCAGCAAAUCACUGCCUUGGGGAGAGAGGAACCUGUGGCAAUAGAGAGCCCCGGACAGGAUCUUCUGGGAGAAAGCAGUUCUGAACGAGUGGAUGUGAAGCCAUUUGCUUCCUGCGAAGAUUCUGAAGCUCCAGUCCCAGCUGAGGAUGGGGGCAGUGACGCUGGCAUGUGUGGCCUGUGUCAGAAGGCCCAGCUAGAGCGGAUGGGAGUCAGUGGUCCCAGCAGUUCCGACCUUUGGGCUGGGGCUGCCGUGGCCGAGCCCCAGGCCAAGGGUCAGCUGGCGGGGGGCAGCCUCCUGAUGCACUGCCCUUGCUACGGGAGUGAAUGGGGCUUGCGGUGGCGAAGCCAGGAGUUGGUCCCCAGCCCCUCUGGGAUGGCAGGCCUCUCGUUUGGGACACCUACUCCAGAUGAGCCGUGGCUGGGAGUGGAAAACGACCGAGAAGAGCUGCAGACCUGCUUGAUUAAGGAGCAGCUGUCCCAGUUGAGCCUUGCGGGAGCCCUGGAUGUCCCCCACGCCGAACUCGUUCCGACAGAGUGCCCGGCUGUCACCGCUCCUGUGUCGUCCUGUGAUCUGGGAGGCAGAGACCUGUACGGUGGCUGCACGGGCAGCUCCUCAGCCUGCUAUGCCUUGGCCACGGACCUCCCUGGGGGCCUGGAAGCAGUGGAGGCCCAGGAGGUUGAUGUGAAUUCGUUUUCCUGGAACCUCAAGGAACUCUUUUUCAGUGACCAGACAGACCAAACGUCAUCAAAUUGUUCCUGUGCUACGUCUGAACUCAGAGAGGCACCCUCUUCCUUGGCAGCGGGCUCCGAUCCAGAUGUAGGCAGUCUCCAGGAACAGGGGUCGUGUGUCCUGGAUGACAGGGAGCUGUUACUACUGACCGGCACCUGUGUUGACCUUGGCCAAGGCCGACGGUUCCGGGAGAGCUGUGUGGGACAUGAUCCAACAGAACCGCUUGAGGUUUGUUUGGUGUCCUCUGAGCAUUAUGCAGCAAGCGACAGAGAAAGCCCAGGACGCGUUCCUUCCAUGUUGGAUGCUGGCCCUGAGGACACGUGCCCAUCAGCAGAGGAGCCAAGGCUGAACGUCCAGGUCACCUCCACGCCCGUGAUCGUGAUGCGCGGGGCUGCUGGCCUGCAGCGGGAGAUCCAGGAGGGUGCCUACUCCGGGAGCUGCUAUCAUCGAGACGGCUUACGGCUGAGUAUACAGUUUGAGGUGAGGCGGGUGGAGCUCCAGGGCCCCACACCUCUGUUCUGCUGCUGGCUGGUGAAAGACCUCCUCCACAGCCAACGCGACUCAGCCUCCAGGACCCGCCUGCUCCUUGCCAGCCUGCCCGGCUCCACCCACUCUACUGCUGCUGAGCUCACCGGACCCAGCCUGGUGGAAGUGCUCAGAGCCAGACCCUGGUUUGAGGAGCCCCACAAGGCUGUGGAACUGGAGGGGUUGGCGGCCUGUGAGGGCGAGUACUCCCAAAAGUACAGUACCCUGAGCCCGCUGGGCAGUGGGGCCUUCGGCUUCGUGUGGACUGCUGUGGACAAGGAAAAAAACAAGGAGGUGGUGGUGAAGUUUAUUAAGAAGGAGAAGGUCUUGGAGGAUUGUUGGAUUGAGGAUCCCAAACUUGGGAAAGUUACUUUAGAGAUCGCAAUUCUAUCCAGGGUGGAGCACGCCAAUAUCAUCAAGGUAUUGGAUGUAUUUGAAAACCAAGGGUUCUUCCAGCUCGUGAUGGAGAAGCACGGCUCCGGCCUAGAUCUCUUCGCUUUCAUCGACCGCCACCCCAGGCUGGAUGAGCCCCUGGCGAGCUACAUCUUCCGACAACUAGUGUCAGCAGUGGGAUACCUGCGCUUGAAGGACAUCAUCCACCGUGACAUCAAGGAUGAGAACAUCGUGAUCGCCGAGGACUUCACAAUCAAGCUCAUAGACUUUGGCUCGGCCGCCUACUUGGAAAGGGGAAAAUUAUUUUAUACUUUUUGUGGGACCAUCGAGUACUGUGCACCGGAAGUUCUCAUGGGGAAUCCCUACAGAGGGCCGGAGCUGGAGAUGUGGUCUCUGGGAGUCACUCUGUACACGCUGGUCUUUGAGGAGAACCCCUUCUGUGAGCUGGAGGAGACCGUGGAGGCUGCCAUACACCCGCCAUACCUGGUGUCCAAAGAACUCAUGAGCCUUGUGUCUGGGCUGCUGCAGCCAGUGCCUGAGAAGCGCACCACCUUGGAGAAGCUGGUGACAGACCCGUGGGUAACACAGCCUGUGAAUCUUGCUGACUAUACAUGGGAAGAGGUGUGUCCAGUAAACAAGCCAGAAAGCGGAGUUCUGUCCACUGCGAGCCUGGAGAUGGGGAACAGGAGCCUGAGUGAUGUGGCCCAGGCUCAGGAGCUUUGUGGGGGCCCCAUUCCAGGUGAGGCUCCUAAUGGCCAAGGCUGUUUGCAUCCCGGGGAUCCCCGUCUGCUGACCAGCUAAACACCAAUUUCUUCCUGCUUUUCUCCACUUGGUUUGGAAAAUCACACAGUUUUCAGGCUCCAUCUGUUUGGAGAAAAUACAUUCUGAAGCAUCCCCAAUUCACCUUCUAAAAACUCAUGUGCAGGUUUGAUAAACACCAGAACAGAAGACAGUGAUGCUGUAUUAUCUUAGGUUUAUUACAUAGAUUUGGAAUUCACUUUUUUCAUGACCUAGAAAAAAACAUUCCAGUGUUCAACUGUUUUAUAUUAUUAAAGGGCUUUUAAUUUGUGAA